AUGAGCCGCAACCCUCACCCUCACAACUUCAAGCUCCCGCUAUCACUUCCCCACUUCAUUGAAAAGUAUGGUUCUGAAUCUGAACGCAAGAUCAAAUCCGGAGAGGCGAUCGAGGGCAGCGUCGUAUCCGCAAUAUUUGCCGAGACGUCAAUGAUCGCUGGCGAUGCGACUGCGAAACCAUUCGUCAUGCAUCACAACGUCCUCAGCCUCGACUUGUACCUCUGUAUCGCCCCCGAGCUCCAUUCACAGCAGCUUGUUUUUGGCAAUCUAGACUAG